AUGGCUUCCCAAUUCCCUCCUCUCAAGAAUGACUUGUUGCUCCGGGCCGCCCGUGGCGAGACCGUUGAGCGUCCCCCUAUCUGGGUGAUGCGCCAGGCCGGCCGCUACCUCCCCGAGUACCAUGAAGCCAAAGGCGGGCGUGACUUUUUCGAAGUCUGCCGCGACCCCGAGAUCGCCUCUACGCUGACCCUGCAGCCCAUCGAGCGGUACGCGGGCCUGAUCGACGCAGCCAUCAUCUUCUCCGACAUCCUCGUGAUCCCGCAAGCGAUGGGCAUGACCGUCGAGAUGGUGGACAAGAAGGGUCCUCACUUCCCGGACCCUCUGCGCUCGCCCAGCGACGGACAGUACGCCGAGCUGAUGAAGCGCGACGUCGACGUGGCCAAGGAGCUCGACUACGUGUACAAGGCCAUCACGCUCACGCGCAAGAAGCUCGACGGCCGCGUCCCACUGUUCGGGUUCACCGGUGCCCCCUGGACGCUGCUGUGCUACAUGGUGGAGGGCGGCGGCACCAAGCUGUUCAAGGAGGUCAAGACGUGGAUCUAUAAGUAUCCGGAGGAGACCAAGGCGCUGUUGCAGAAGAUCUCGGAGCUUUGUGUCGAGUAUUUGGCGCUGCAGGUUAAGGCUGGUGCUCAGAUCAUCCAAGUCUUCGACUCCUGGGCCGGCGAGCUCUCCCCCUCCUCCUUCAAGGAAUUCUCCGCGCCCUACCUUACUUACAUCGCCAAGCACCUGCCCCUUCGCCUGAAGGAGAUGGGUCUCGAGCCCGUGCCCAUGGUCGUCUUCCCCAAGGGCGCAUGGUACGCCCUCGACGCCGCCUGCGACAUGGGCUACAACGUGGUUGGCCUCGACUGGCUGCACGACCCCGCGGAGGCCGUCAAGAUCGUCGGUGACAGGCCCAUGGUCAUCCAGGGUAACGCUGACCCUGGCGUCCUGUAUGGCUCCCACGAGGCCAUCACCAAGGUUGUCGAGGAGAUGGUCCGGGGCUUCGAUUGGCAUGGCAGACACAAGGGCUGGAUCGUCAACUUGGGCCAUGGCAUUACGCCGUUUGUGAACCCGGAUGACCUCAAGUUUUUCUUUGAGGAGAUUCAUCGGUUGACCAAGACUAAGGCUUAG